CUUCUGUCCGGAAUGGGCGGAGAAGGCUGGGCGGGCAAAUGGCGCCUCGCUUGUGGGGAGGGAAGGAAGGAAGGGAAGGAGAGGGACAGAGAGAGAAGCGCCUCCUAGAGCGUCUGACCCUGAGAGAUGUGGCCCUCUUGAAGAGGUCAGAAGUACAAUGAGUUGAUCACAUCACAGCAGCGUAAUAAAAAGGAUAAUUGCUUCUAAAAUCUUACAGUUGCAAGAGUAUUGUAAAAGGAGUCGUAUAAAGUAUCUUCAGUAUGUUGUUGCCCUCAACCAAAAUGCAGAGAUCACUACAGCUGGCGUACAGGACAUCUUUGGUAUCCCAUCGCACAUGCAUGUUUCCAUGCUUAAAAGGACAACCCUCCUUGCUCAUUAAAAGAAAAAAAAUAGUUUCAGUGCCUCUGCAGAUUCAACGGCAGUGUCUUCAUGAAUCCGCUGCUGUUUGCAUUUCCAAGGAACGGGAAUUUGUGGGCAAAAGGCCACCGCAACCAGAAUAUCCUCGUGAUAAAGAACUGAAGAGAGAGACUUCUACCACACCAACUGAAAACGUAGCUCAGGGAGCACCUGUAGAACCAAAUUCUAUGGAGCUUGAUCCCUUGCAAGAUAAGUCAAUAAGCCUUGUGCAGAGAUUCAAAAAAACUUUUAAGCAGUAUGGCAAAGUUCUUAUUCCAGUCCAUCUUCUGACUUCCAGCCUGUGGUUUGGAGCCUUUUACUAUGCAGCUUUAAAAGGAGUGAAUCUCGUUCCUUUCCUUGAAUUCAUAGGGUUGCCUGAAAGCGUUGUAAAUAUUCUAAAGCAUUCUCAGAGUGGAAAUGCAUUAACUGCGUAUGCAAUGUACAAGAUUGCAACUCCAGCCAGAUAUACAGUGACCUUAGGAGGGACGUCUAUCACGGUGAAGUAUCUCCGUAGGCAUGACUACAUGUCCACACCGCCUCCGGUCAAGGACUAUAUCCAGGAUCGAAUGGAAGAAACAAAAGAGCGACUAUCAGGGAAAAUGGAGGAAACCAGAGACAUGAUUAGUGGCAAAAUGGGAGAAACAAAGGAGCGGCUAACGGGGAAAAUGGAGGAAACAAAAGAGAGGAUAACAGAAAAAAUACAAGAAACCAAAGAUAAGGUUUCAUUUAUUAAAAAGAAAGAAUAGGAAAAUGAGAGGCCAUGAAUGGUGAGACCUAAGCACUCGUAACCCCUCAGAAAAAUCUGAAAUAUAUGCUCAUGCUGCUUUUUGUUUGUGCUUUGAUUUAAAUAUUUUGAUUGGCUAGAAAGUGCCAAUAAUCUAAAGCUGUCGGUGUCACAUAAGAAGUUACACCUUCAUGAGGUUAUCACAAUAUUUUCUAGGAAUAGGAUGUGGUAACUCCAAAAUAGCUUUUCAUAGAGAGAAACACCACAAUGGCUUCCCUUGCCAUCAGUUCCAUCUAGAUCUGUAGGGAUCAAGAGGUGACUUGAGUUGACUUCUCAAACUCUCAUCACUCAGAUGAAAAAUGUUGUGUUAAGUAUACAAUGUUUUGAUCUGGUGUCAAUAUUUGUUAAUAACUUAAUGUGAUCUUCCUAGAAUAUUAUGAAACACAUAUUCUAUUCCAUAUUUCUUAUUGUGAAAGGUUGAUUUAAAAUGAUAUUUGAGAGAGAUUGAAUAAAAUAGUACUGAACUUAAUUGUGUUUAUAUGCAAAGUUGGUACUGAUUUUUCCAUAAUUAGGCUACAGUGAGUCCUGAAUUUCAUACCCCCACCAAUAAAGCUUUUUUUAAAAAAAAAGAUAAAUUCUUCUCCUCUCUCUAUGCUUAAGUAACAACUGUUUACAUUUCCAUAGCAAUAUUCAAAGAAAUAACUAAAUGCUGCUGGUAUCUUAAAAUACUCCCACUGGACAUGAGACAUAUGCAUCACUGUGCUCUUAUGCCUUACUGUGCCAGUCCUUUUCUGGGCAGAAUUUAAAGAUAGUGUUUCUCAUGCUAUUGUCACAGUAACUCUGCCUGAAUCACUAUGGGGCAUUUCAAUUCUCUGUUUUAAAAAAUGGGACUGUUAGUUUGAGGAAGGGGAAGGUCCAAAACUCCUGGUGCCCCAGUGCAACCUUUCUGUACAUACACUGCUGUGGCCUCUCUAAUGUGAUACAAAAGUGCUUUGGGUAAGGGAUUGCAAUUUAAAAUAACUUGCCAAUCUCAUGUUCUGCUACCUUAAAUUGUUAUGAAAAGGAAUGUAUAUUUCUUUAUUUCUAGGCUUCCUUUCUGACAGGUAAUAGCAAAAGAUAUGUGAUGUAUCAAUGUAAUAAAUAACCAAUUUCUGAGAAGUAAGAAAAUUUAUUGAAAUGAUGGCGAUCUGAGAGAAAAUUCCCAAGUCCACUGGCAAAAUUUGGGGUGGUUGGCGUAAUUUCUUCGGAACAGUGUAAAAGUGAAGCACUUCCUGCAAACCAAAUUUGUUCAUGAUAACUGCCAGUUAUGAGAGUUAGCUGCACUAUGACAUUGGAGCCAACCGCCUUCUUUAAAACCCUCUUUCAAAACAUGUUUAUAUGGCAAUUUCUCCAGUAAUCUCAAUUACUUUGACUUCAAUCCUGUCAUCGCUAAAUAAGAAUAGAUUUAUUGAAUCAAUUAGUUUUAUCUACAAUCUAUUAAAUGGGUCUACUCUGGUUAGGACUGACCAGCAAGAUGCUUGCUCUUAUUUCUGCCCUAAACACAACCUUACUGUUAUUGACUCCAUGGUCUGACAGUCCACAUGUUGUUUGGCUUGAAGCCUUAUAUGCUUUUUGGAACGUCUCCUCCUCUCACUGCCUGUUGUUCAGGCUGCCUAAAGAUAUUCAGGAUACUAUGUGUGACUGCUCUUUCAUCAAAGAGGAACUUGAUGUCUUGUACUAUCUUGAUAUGGUAUUUUUUUCAUACAUUGGGUAAAUAAAAUAAACAUCUCUAUACCUAUUGCAUAGGGAUCAUAUAGGGAUGCUUUAUUUCUGGAAAGGUGGAUGAAUGAAAGAAGCUUCUGUGUUUGACCUUUUUUGCCUUGUACUUGAGAAAAACAGCUAUUGACAAAAUGCUGGAUGCGAUGCAUUAUGAGCACUGGCGGUCCAUUUUCAAUAGUUUGUGUUGGACAGAAAUGUCACUUUGACUUGUCCUACAUUCUCUUUCGCCUAUUACACAAAAAAUCAAGGCCCGGAAAUUAGUCGUCUUACCAGUAGUUGGUGUGUAGUAGGCCAUCUCCCGGUGUAUUUAGAAAUAGCCUCGUACCUAGUUUACUCCUGCUUUGGUACUUGGAGGGGAGUCCUGAAGGAAGAGGCUAAAACAAAUCUGGUUUUGAAACUAGCAUAAACGUCAUUACUAUAAAAGGGCACAAAAGGCAAAGGCAAUAUGAUAAAAUGAAGAGUCUUGUCUGGAAAUAAACUGUGGACAAGCAGCCUUCCUUUAUUUCUAGAAGAAGCAAUUCAGAACAUUAGAUGGUGAUCACAUAGAUGCUAACUUCUUCCCUGGCCCUGUCAAUUUUACAUACAAAUUAAACAUUAGAAUGCCAUGAAACAAGUACGGUGAAGAUUGCAGCCUAGAAACAAAUGACAAAAUAGUUUUUCUUUGCAUGUAUCUGCAUGUUCAAAUCAUUUUUAAAAGAAUGUAUUCUGAUUGUGCCAGUAUGUUUAAAAUGAAACAAUAACACCCACACACACAGUAUUUGUUGUUUGUUCUAGUAGUCACACCAAGACCUCUUUUUUUAAAAAGAGAAAUUAAUGUCAGUAACGUGGAAGCAGUAUCAGACAGCUGCUGCAUAACCACCUCCAUUCAUUUCAGUUAGGCAUCUCCUGGCUCUCUCCAGCCAACACAUUGAAGGGAGAUGUUGAAGUGUCUAGUGGAAUAGUCUCUUUCAGUCACUGCCUAUUCAUUCCUUAAUACAUUUGCCUUUUCUUAUGUUAACUGCAAAUAGGUCUUGGUGGAAUUAAUGCUGCAAGCAACAUUAUUAAAAUACUCAUGUUAAGCUA